GAGUUGAAUAAACGCAGGAUUGAGCUGUCUCGAGCUUCUGUAAAGGUCGGUGAAGGUUCUCCUGGUCUGAGAAGGUCAAACGAUGUUUUCUUCUGGUGGGAUGCGCCGAGUCUCCUCACCUCUACUAACGGUGUUUUUCUUAUUUCCGAUAGGAAACACAGACUGACGAGAACUCAAAGUGCCUUUUCCCCGGUUGUGUUCAGCCCCCUCUUCACAGGUGAAACAGUGUCACUGGUGGACGUGGACAUCUCUCAGCGAGGACUGACCUCCCCUCACCCGCCGACUCCACCACCUCCACCGCGAAGAAGCCUCAGCCUGCUAGAUGAUAUCAGUGGGACGCUGCCUACAUCUGUCCUAGUGGGUCCAAUGGGCUCCUCCCUGCAGUCUUUCCCUCUGCCUCCGCCUCCUCCGCCCCAUGCCCCAGACGCUUUCCCGCGGAUUGUCCCGCUGAGGCCGAUGGAGGCGAUGCCCGGCCAGCCCCCCCCCCACCUCCAGUGCCCGCUCUACCGCCCCGACUCCAGCAGCUUCGCAGCCAGUUUGAGAGAGCUGGAGAAGUGCGGGUGGUACUGGGGACCGAUGAACUGGGAGGAUGCGGAGAUGAAGCUGAAGGGGAAGCCGGAUGGGUCCUUUCUGGUCCGAGACAGUUCUGACCCCCGCUACAUCCUGAGCCUCAGCUUUCGGUCGCAGGGCAUCACCCAUCACACCAGGAUGGAGCACUACAGAGGGACCUUCAGCCUGUGGUGCCAUCCCAAGUUUGAAGACCGCUGCCAGUCUGUGGUGGAGUUCAUAAAGAGAGCAAUCAUGCACUCCAAAAACGGGAAGUUUCUUUACUUCCUCCGAUCCAGGGUUCCAGGUCUCCCUCCAACGCCUGUCCAGCUCCUGUAUCCAGUCUCCAGGUUCAGCAACGUCAAAUCCCUUCAGCACCUUUGCCGCUUCCGCAUCAGGCAGUUGGUCCGAAUAGACCAUAUCCCCGACCUCCCGCUGCCCAAGCCCCUGAUCUCCUACAUCCGCAAGUUCUACUACUACGACCCGCAGGAGGAGGUGUAUCUGUCGCUGAAGGAAGCUCAGCUCAUCUCCAAACAGAAGCAGGAGACUGAAUCCUCCACGUAGCGAGGCUGCCUCACCCGUCUUGUUGCUGUCACUGAUGGAAUUUGAUUGUUGCCAUCCUGUAGCCCGAGUCAGGCUGUGGUGGGAAGGAGGCACGCGAUGGUGGAGCCUGCUUCUGCGGUGCCGCUUCUGCUCUCAAGCUCUUUUGUACAGAGAAGAGGGUUCAAGACUCCUAAGAAGCACAGCGGAACGGGAACGAGAGCCUCAGCUCCUGGCCUGAGGGGGGGGGGGUCUCGGAGACAGCUGAGCCCCGCUCGCGGACUCCUUGCAGAACAAAGAAUGUCACGGCACUAUUUACAGUUUUUUGAAAGUUUUAUUUUUGAUGUCUUUUUUUUUAUUAUUAUUAUUAUUUUCAGCAUGAGAAAUACUGUCUUAUGAUCAGCUGAAUUUUAUUAUCCUCCCUUGGAAACUUCAAGGUGGGGAGAGAUAAGAGAGAGAAGGGGACUCUCUAGGAAGAUCACCUGCUCCGGGCGUUAAUGGCAAGACUGUUCUUUGCUCCUCACCCAGAGGGGAUGCAGCCAGAGAGCUGCUUGGAGGCAGACUGAGCCAGAAUGAUGAUGUGCAGCUACGUGGAAUAACCUCUGGGGAGCGUGAAGCUCCGAGCAGUAGGCAGGUGCCCAGCUCCCCUGCUUCCCAGGAUUUGGGAGAAGAGGGCCAAACAGACUCUUGGGCAGCUGGAGUUGCAGGGUGAUCCUAUAUGCUUUUAAGCUGGGCCUAAGGAAGGAAGAGCCUGUGAGCCAUUUGGAUGUUGUUGGAGCCUUCUGCCAAAGGGUUGCUGCUGCCCUGGGGAGCAAGGGCGGCUCCUCUGAGGAGACGUUCCCUGAGCAAACACUGGAAGAUUUUGCUGAACCCCUGGGAUAAGCAGAAGGAAGGUGGCAAAGCUGUGGCUGUCACUGUUGCAGCAGUCCAUGGACCAAAGGUACUUGCUACAGUGAUCCCAGUCUUGCACAGAGCUGCGGGACGUGCACUUUCAGCCUUUCUCUGGCUGCCUCCAGAAGCUGUGAACGAUGUGACUUUCUGCUGAGCUGUGAAGGAUCUUGAUCAGGACUUGCUGGGGCAUUAAGAGGCGUCUCCGAGGUGACUCGGAGCAAGAAGCGGAUAACUGAGGGUUCUCCUGGAAGGGCAUCUGAUCUCUGUGAACUUGCUGCUUCCUCCUCUGCCUGGGAUGUCCACAGAACCACAGAACCAGGGAAGCCAAGAGAAGUGGUGGCUCUUGCUUUGUUUCUGGGCUCGGCACUGGCUGAAAUACCACCCCCCUACCCCUUCACAUCCUGGUCUGGCAGCCACUGCCCAGAGUUUGCAUUUCACGGUGAAGUUUAAAGUUUGCCUGAAGUGAUGCUGAGACGUCUAGAGAAGCAUCUUUCCUCCCGUAUUUAAACGAGCAAGUGUUCCAGUGCUCCCAACCCGAGUGAAGGAAACUCUCCAUCCUGCAGCAGCGCGGUCUGGAAAGGCGACGUUGUGGGUGAGGUCGGUGCCCUGUGAGGUGGCUGCAGUCACUCAGGAGCUGCUGGGACCUUGGUCUUGCCCUGCAGAAUGACCCGUGUCCUUGAGUUAGACACACUUGUGUGGAUCUUCAAGCAGCCUGGAAAAAAAUCUGAUUGUCUGCCUCUGCCCAAGCGCUGCUAUGAAGGGUGCUAACAAAUCCUGCCCUCCCUCCCUCUCUUCACCGUCAUCUCUGCCCUGUUUUGGUCUUGGAGAAAAAAAAAAUACGCUUUUAAAAAAGGAUUUGGCUUCCAAAUGAAACUAAUAACUAAGCUUCAGAAUCUGUACAAAUACCUCAUCGGACACUCCUCGCUACUGACUCGGUGUUGCGUUGUCGGGGCAGUGGUUAUCAGGGAGGGGGAGCUGCCCCAAGACGUGCUGAGCAGCAUAUCCUGACCCUGGGUGACACCGGAGCUGACCUGCUCUACGGCCACCGUGUCCCCUCCGCGUGGGGACCAGCACCGGGCCCUCCCCAGCCUCCGCUCAAGACCUGCAGCUCCCACCCACGUUAUCAGUGGAACCUGCAGAUAAAUGCAACCGCUUCGACUAAAGCGCACAGCACGUCGGGUUGGGGAGGGGGGGAACCAUCUGUUCUCGUGCAGGUGAAACUCGAAUAUCCACGCACCUGGCCCUGCUGCACCUCGGCUCUCCACGUGCGGGAGAUUUGAAUCUCCUGACUUAGCCCAUACUGGAAAGGAAAACCUUCCUGAGAGCCGACGUGGUCUGACUGCUGAGGUGUCCAAACCUGUGCCAGCGAAGAGGGGCCGGUGCGUGUGUCUCCUGCCAAAGUCCUCUCC